UUACUGACUCCGCCUCUCCCCCGUGAACGCGCCUUAAGCCGAAUUAGAAAAUCCUGGGUUAACAAAGCUUGCUGAUAUCCAGCUUCAUAACACCGUCAUCUUUCCCCCGUUUUCGUCGCUUAGACAGUUAUUAUUAACGUGAAGCGUGCCGUGACCAACUGUCGUGUCCGUUAAGCUCGGGUUUAUUCCGCUUGACGACGGAUUUGUGUUACGAUUUGAUUAUUAAAUCUAGCAUUGAAACAUCUCGGAUAACUGCGCGCACCCGCUCCGCCACAAAGGGGAGAGCAAUCGCACGCUGAAACCCGGAUCACAACUCAUGAACGCAGACAGAGAUUUCCAGAUGAUGAAAAAAAACGAGAGGGCACAUUUUUUCAGCUCUAAAGAGCAGGAACUUAUUUUAAAGUUGUAUGAGGAAGAAAGAGAAAUACUGACAGCCAAAUCCAACACCACAAGCGCCUCUAAACUCAGAGAGGAAGCCUGGCAGAGAAUUGCUGAUAAAAUAAACGCGGUAUCGGACAGCGGCUACAAAAGAACAUGGCAGCAAGUGAAAGUCAAACAUAAAAACAUAGUGCAAACAGCAAAAAGAAGACGGGCAGAGGUGAUGAGGAAUGAGGGGGGCUCAGCGACCCCGUCUCUGACCUCUGCAGAGGAGGACGUGCUGCAGCACAAAGACAACAGGCUGCGAGUGGAGGUCCUCCCUAGUGGUGCUUGUAUUGAGCCGCUGACUGGAUCUGACAGCUCUUUUAUUAGUGUCUCAGGCCAUCCUGUCCUCCUCCUGCCUGUAACAAAGACUGAGCCAGAGAGUUUGAGUGGUGAUGAGACAGACGUCAGUGACACUAACUUUGAAGGGGAUGCACACAACAGCAGCUUCCAGGAGACGGCCAACUCAACAUGUGCUACACCUAGAGGCAGAAGUGCAGAGAAGCAGACAGACGACAUAAGAGCCCUUUACUGCUCCUACCUCAAGAAGGAAAUAGAGAACCGCGACCAACUGAUGGCAUACAGAGCACUUAAAAUGAGGAAGAUGGAGAAAGAAAUUUUAUUACUUGAUAAGCAGCUGAUGUGAACGUGAGUUGCUCAGGCCAAGUGUGACUUCAGGGAAGAGCAUGUACAUUAAGUGGAGCUGCUGUGCCCCAGGAGGAUUCCACUGUCACAUGAGUUACACUUCAUUCAUUGACAAACUGUACUCCAGCAACGGGAUUUGAAAUGACUGAAUGAAACCGGGAAUGACUUUAACUUGAGGGCACUUACAUCCACAUCAGAUGAGUAGUAUAGGGACUGUCAACAUGAAGAAUGUCUUUAUAUUUAAUAUUUAGUGUCAAAUGCUUUGCAGUGACUUCUUUUUCACGGAGUCUGGUGUUCAACAAAUUAAACUCAUACUCAGUUGUAUUGAGAUCAGGUAUCUUGGCCAGUCAAGAUUGCUUUAUGUUUGUCUUGUGUGAAUGAUUUGGAUACAUUGUCAACCCCACAUCACUUCACUGAAACAUUUGUGAUGAGAUGUAGAAUUACACACAAUGUGAAGGAAAAGCUUGAAACUGAUUUCUCCCAUCACCAGCAGAGGUUAUUAAGGAGAGAGGUAAAAAGCAUUUAAUUAAUCACAUCUAAAAGUACAGGUUGGACAGUUUGGAAUUUGGAUGAUUCAAAACAGCCUUUUCUCAUGUUAAAAAUAAAAUAUGUGUUGUGUCUAAUUAGGUUUAGGCUAUAUAUUUAUGAUUUUUUGUUAUUUUUGUUUUUGUAUAUUUAUUCUUACACUAUUUCUGGUGUUUUAUUAUUUAUUCUGUAUGCAAAACAAUUUUUGAAAUGUAAAAUAAUAAUGUAUCUUAAGGCUCGUGGAAACACUGACUUCUUUCAGUUUGCUCAACAUGUGUUAUGGGGUCCAGACAGUGCUUCGGGUCAUCCAGUCCACAACACGGGUCCCAAACAUGAGCUGAACCCACAGCACCCUCCUCUCUGUUUGCAGGUCUAAACCAUAGACUGAAAAACUCUUCCCUGUCAGCUGCAGGUUUCUGUCAGAGGUGUCUGGACCUCCUCCAACCACUCUGCAGCACAAAGUGCGCUGCGCUCAUGCACGGAGACAGGGCAAAUUCAAGAUGGCGGACUGCUCAGCGAUUUGUUGUGAAAACAAUAAUACCUCCACCGAUUAGGGCUAGAUCUAUAAUAUCAACUUGAAUCCUGAUUUAAGAAUAGCUGCAACCCAUCCGUAGAUCUGUAUCCCGAGCAGAGCUGACUGCAGUUAGAUCGAGCUUUUAAUCCAACCAUUGGCUGACUGAGCUGCGCGCGCUCACGGUGCACAUCUGAAGCCAUCAUCAAUCGAGCAUUGAUAACAGGAUUCAUCAUGGCUUCAGAGGGAGAU